AAUGAUAAUCGUGGACCUGUUCCUCAACCAAUACCAGUUGAGCCUGAUAGUUGGGAUUCACCACAAACAUCUACACGAAAUGAUAAUCGGGGUACUGUCCCUAAACCAAUACCUGUUGAGCCUGAUAGCUGGGAUUCCGCACCACAACCACCACAAGCGCCUACGCGAAAUGAUAAUCGGGUACCUGUUCCUCAACCAAUACCUGUUGAGCCUGAUAGUUGGGAUUCUACAUCCACGCGAAAUGAUAAUCGAGGACCUGUUCCUAAGCCAAUACCUGUAGAGUCUGAUAGUUGGAAUUCUGCACCACAAACGUCUACGCGAAAUGAUAAUCGAGGUACUGUUCCUAAACCAAUACCUGUUGAACCUGAUAGUUGGGAUUCUGCACCACAAACAUCCGCACAAAAUGAUCGGGGUCCCGCAUUCAAACCUUUACCUAGUUGGAAUACUAUUUCUCAGCCUUCCCAAGAUAAUAGUUGGGGUUCCGGCCCUCAACAACCAUCAGCAUCAGGACCACCGGAAUCCGAUUGGACUAAAAAAGCUGAGAUGUACUCAAAGGAAUUAGGUGAAAAAAAUGAAAUUAAAACAUGGGUGAAUAAUACGGGACAAAAAGUCGAAGAUUCAUAUGGUACAGGCGCAAGCGACUCCUAUUAUGAUAAUUCCUCCUCGAAUAACCGUUAUGGUAGCCGUGGCUGUCAUAACUGCGGGCAAGAAGGUCAUUUAGUUCGUGAUUGUCCUAAGAAACAGGGUAGCAGUGGCAGAAAAUCUUGCCAUAAGUGUGGUAAAGAAG